CCCGGAGGUCGUCCCGGAGACACUGGAUGCAAAUGUGCGUGAAUUAGAGAGUUUGAAGCAGACAAUCGGUAAAACAUUGGAAAUGAUGAAAAGUCAAUCUGGUAUCUAUACAAAUAUAAACGGACACGCCGAAAGUCAUGUGGAUACAAAAUCAGAGGUAAAACAAGACGGGCGACUGGUUGCUGGCGUUGUCGAACAUGUCGAUAAAGAGCAACCGAGCGCUGAUGCUCCGGCAAGCGGAAGUCUGCGCAUCGAUGUCGACGUGCCCGAAAAGAACAUCCACAAGUCAACCGUGCAACGGCUGCUGCCCGACAUCCGGCCGCAUCAGGAACAACAGCAGCUGAACGUAAAGCGUGGUGGAUCUACAAGCAGCGAGCAGGAGGAAGACGUCUUAGCCACGGAUAAAAUCGGCGGGAUUCAGUAUACACCAUUGGAUAUGGCUCAGUAUGUUUUUUGGACUGGUGAUGAGAAAGGUGUUACGUCAUCUAUUGAAGAAUUUCUUCAAGCAGGAAUUAUGACACGUGAAGAGGCUAUUAGUUAUCUACAAGAAAUCAAAUAUAAUUUAGAAUAUUUGCAAAUUCAUUAUAAUAACCAGUUUUGGUUUAAUGGAAACAGCGAUCGGUCAAAGACUAAUGCUGAAUACAUAGCUCAAGAGUUAUCGAAAGCAAGAGGAUCUAUUAAACAAUUACAGGAACUGCAACAGUUGGACACAUCACAAGACGUAUCAAAACCUUCUUUAAAAACCAACUAUGAUUUGACAAAGUUUAGACUUCAAGCGAUGAAAAAAAGCACGCCAGCGUUUGACACAACUGAAUCAGAUAUGCAAAAAUCAGACAACUCAGACUCAGUGGACAAUGAUGAACUCAUGGAACGUCUACGGGUUGCUGACUUUUUAUAUACCGAAUACUCCCUGGAAGAAAUCAUCUAUCAACUUGCGAAAGUAAUGUUCACUCAAGGAUUGACCAGAGGUAGUGCAGAAGCACAGCAAGCUCUACAAAAAUUCACGAAAUUCUUAGAAACUGAAGCUGAACAAGGUCAUAUCUCUCGAACACUAGAAAAGAAAGUGCUUGAUGUAUUGAUAGCGUCCUUGACGGACACGCUCAGCGAGCAUCCCGAGAUACAAACAAUCCGUGAGUAUUCCCAGGAAGAGAAUCGUCAGAAGGCGCUGCGGCAAAUUAUGCAAAUGAUCCCGCAGGAGAAAGAUCCGCACGCAUCGCGUGUUGAUAUUCAAUUAAAGGACAACAGCCGUGAUCCUUUUGUUGAUCUAGCCAAAUAUAAAACAAUACGUUAAUCAACUGCAAAGGAAACUUAUCAUAACCAAAGUCAAUUUUUGUUUUUAUAAGUAAUGAAGUAAUCACAAUGUGUAAAUGAUUGUUUAUUAAUUUUUAAUUAUUAUUAAGAGUCAACAAGUCUGGUUAACAAUAUUUGUACUCGAAUAUUUCGUUGAAACUUGAUUGAACUAUAUUGUGCUAAGUUUAUGAAAGCGUAUGCAUAUUAUAUUUAUACUCAAUGAAUGUUGAAAUGAAAAUGUAAUACAAAGGAAGAAAGGAACAGCCAAAGGAAAUGUAAAUGUGUACAAAGUGGCAAAAAGUAAUGUACAAAAUAUAUCAAUAAAUGAUAUAACCUGAAA